UGGCUUGCUCCGGGACGCGGCCAGAAGAGCCCGCGCGCUCCAGCGUCCUGCCGCCGCCGCCGCCCUUGCAAAGUCCCGCGGGGAGCUGCCUGCCGCCCGGGGACUCGCCUCUGGAUGCUCUUUGCUUGCAGGGGCUGCGUGGAUGCGCCAAGCCGAGCGCUGCUGGCUGCUCCGCCCUUCCGCUCUCGGGCCCGGGUCGCGGGGCUCCUGCUGCUGCCGGUCCUCCUCUUCUCCUUCCCGGCGGCAGCAAGAGCAGGCGGCGCCCGACGGAGCUGGGCGGCCGGAUCCUGGCUUGCAAGAGGCGCGCAUUCUCCGCCGAAGAAUGGCUGCUGCGUCCCGCGGGGCGCGCAAGCGGGGCGCGUGUCAAGUGCUGGUGGCGACGCUGUGCGUGGCGCUGGUCUACUCCUAUAACCUCGACCUGGACCACCCGGUGAUUUUCCAAGGACCCAACAACUCUUUCUUCGGCUACUCGGUGCUGGAGCAUUACUAUGACAAUACGCGAUGGGUUUUGGUUGGCGCCCCCAAGGCAGAGUCUAAAUACAGUGCCUCUCUUAAGUCCCCAGGAGCUGUGUUUAAAUGUCGUGUUCACACUAACCCUGACAGGAGAUGCACAGAACUGGAUAUGGGCCGAGCGAAUGUUCAAGGAAUGACCUGCGGGAAGACAUGCAAGGAGGACAGAGAUGAUGAAUGGAUGGGUGUAAGCUUGGCAAGGCAGCCCACAGCUGGAGGAAGUAUCCUGGCCUGUGCACACCGUUGGAAGAAUGUCUACUAUGAGACAGAGUACAUCCUUCCUCACGGUUUCUGCAACAUCAUCCCACCCAAUCUAGGGUCCAAUGGCAAAAGGUUAAUGCCUUGCUAUGAAGAGUAUAAGAAGAAAUAUGGCGAAGAGCAUGGCUCAUGUCAGGCUGGAAUAGCAGGCUACUUCACAGAGGAGCUGGUUGUCAUGGGAGCCCCGGGAUCUUAUUACUGGACCGGGACCAUCAAAGUGCUGAAUCUCACUGACAAUAUUUAUUUCAAGCUGAAUGAUGAAUCUGUGAUAGCCAAGCGGUAUACAUACCUAGGAUAUGCGGUGACAGCGGGUCACUUCUCUCAGCUGACGACGACAGACGUAGUUGGAGGAGCUCCUCAGGAUGGAGGCGUCGGAAAGGUAUAUAUAUUUCGCACUGAUAGGAGGUCUGGUUCUUUAAUAAAGAUCUUUCAGGCUUCUGGUAAAAAGAUGGGCUCUUACUUUGGCUCCUCCUUAUGUGCAGUUGAUCUGAAUUCUGACGGCCUUUCGGACCUCCUGGUGGGAGCGCCCAUGUUUUCCGAGAUCCGGGAUGAGGGUCAAGUCACCGUCUACCUCAGUAGAGGAAAUGGAGUCAUGGAAGAGCAACUUGUUCUGAAUGGUGACAAUGCCUACAACGCACACUUUGGGGAAAGUAUUGCCUCCCUGGGAGAUAUGGAUGAGGAUGGAUUCCCAGAUGUUGCCAUUGGUGCUCCUAAAGAAGAUGACUACGUUGGAUCAGUCUAUAUCUACCAUGGAUCCAUGGGGGGCAUCAUACCUCAAUAUUCUAUGAGGAUACCUGGGAGGAGAGUAAGCCCAAUGUUACAGAUGUUUGGCCAGUCCAUUUCUGGAGGAGUUGACAUGGAUGGAAAUGGCUAUCCAGAUGUGACGAUAGGAGCCUUUAUGUCAAACAAUGUGAUUCUUCUAAGAUCCAGGCCUGUCAUUACUAUGGACAUCUCCAUUUUCCUGCCAGCUUCCAUUGACAUCACAGCUCCCCAGUGCCACGAUGACUUGCAGCCGGUGAACUGCCUAAACGUCACAGCCUGCUUUAGUUUCAGAGGCAAACACGUUCCAGGAACGAUAGGAUUGAACUGUAACCUGACGGCAGAUGUGGCAAAGAAGGAAAAGGGCCACCCCAUCAGGGUUUACUUUGUUUCUUCUGGAGAAGCAGUGGGCCAGAUCACAGAGCAGUUCCAGCUGUCCUAUAUGCAGCAGAAGUGCAAACAGUACCUAGCCUAUGUGAAGAGAAGGGUCAAAGAUGUGAUAUCACCAAUUGUAUUUGAAGCUGCGUAUGAUCUUGGAGACCAUAUCACGGCAAAGGAGGAAAAGGAAUUGCCUUCACUCAAGCCUGUUCUUCGAUGGAAGAGAGGGCAGAAGAUGGCUCAGAGAAACCAGACUGUUUUUGAGAGGAAUUGUCAGUCAGAUGACUGUGCCGCUGAUCUUAACCUUCAGGGGAAACUAUUUCUAUCCAGCAUGGAUGAUAGGGCUCCCUAUCUGGCUUUGGGAGCCGUGAAGAACGUUUCCCUGAACAUCACCAUCUCCAACAUUGGGGACGAUGCGUAUGACACGAACGUUGCCUUCAACUUCUCCAGAGAGCUCUUCUUCAUCAAAAUGUGGCAAAAAGAUGAGAUGGGCAUUGCUUGCGAGUUGCUGGAGCCAGACUCUGACUUUCUGAAGUGCAGCGUGGGCUUCCCCUUCAUGAGAUCAAAGUCAAAGUAUGAGUUCAGCGUCAUCUUUGAUACUAGUCAUUUGUCUGGGGAAGAGGACAUUCUCUCAUUCCUUGUCACUGCUCAGAGUGGGAACCUGGAACACAACCUCCAUGACAACUCUCUCAUCCUGUCUGUUCCCCUGAUGCAUGAAGUGGACUCAUCCAUCACUGGAGUGGUCUCUCCCGGUUCUUUUGUUUAUGGGGAGUCUGUGCCAGCAUCUCAAUUUAUUCAGCUGGAAGAUCUGGAGUGUCAUUUUCAGGAGCUCAACGUCACACUUCAGGUCUACAAUGCUGGCCCAAGCACACUUCCUGGCUCUUUCGUCGACAUUUCGUUUCCGAAUCGUCUCUCGGCUACUGGAGCUGAAAUGUUUCACAUUCAACAGAUGAUGGUUGCCCAGGACAAAGGAAACUGCUCUUUUCAGAAAAAUCCAACCCCAUGUGUCAUUCCUCAAGAAAAGGAGAACAUUUUCCACACAAUAUUUGCCUUUUUUACCAAAUCUGGGAGGAAAGUAUUGGACUGCGAAAGACCAGGCAGGUCCUGCCUAAUUAUACGCUGCAACUUAAGCUCACUAGCUAAAGCGGAAUCACGCAGCAUAGAUGUGCAUAUGCUGUUGAAUACCGAGAUAUUGAAAAAGGACAGUUCAUCCGUCAUCCAGUUUGUAACAAGGGCAAAGGUGAGGGUAGACACAACUAUCCGGGCAGUAGAAGUACCCAAUGGGAAUUCAGAAGAUGCAACAGUGGUCUUUGAGGCCUUGCAUAAUCUGGAGCCUCGUGGUUAUGUGGUUGGAUGGAUCAUUGCUAUCAGCUUGCUGGUGGGAAUUCUCAUCUUCCUGUUUCUGGCUGUGCUGCUGUGGAAGAUUGGCUUCUUCCGCAGAAAAUACAAAGAGAUCAUUGAGGCUGAGAAGAACAGGCAAGAGAAUGAAGACAGCUGGGACUGGGUGCAGAAAAGUCAGUAAACUUCUGGAGGGGAACCUUGAAAGCCCGUUGAUGUGAUACACACUCGCUACCCUAUUGAUCCUGCUCUUGUAUCUUCCAUAUGUGGAAGAAGGAAUCUUCUCCAGAUUUUUCGGAGGCCCUGUUGUUCAUCAUCAUCUUAAGCUAGGGAAUGUAUCCUGAGGCAACCACUGCAGGCAUGUCAGGUGACUGGAGCAAUUUGUACUUUCUGGAAGAGAUGAACCUUGAUAACUGAGCUGCAGUGCAGAACAAUAUUUAUGAAUCCAACACUUGUGGUAUAUACCCUCAGGGGAAGACUGUUGCCUAAAAAAAGUAUUUUUUAUAAAUAUAAGCUUUUUAUACUGAUUUUGACUUUUUAUAUAUUUGUAUCAAUGUUUUAUGUUUUCUAUUGAAUAGCUUUAUAUAUAUAUAUAUAGUUCACUAACAGUGCAGUCUUGUACAUGUCUACUUACAAGUAAGUCCCAUUGAAUUCAAUGGGACUUCCCUCCAGGUAAGCGGGUAUAGGACCGCAGCUUAAAGCACUGAUAUCCAGCUGAAGUCUUGGACAUGCAUAUAUCAUCCAUACUGUACAUUUGAACUUCAGUGCAGAAGAGGCAAGCAGAUGAAACGAGAUGAAACACCCUACGGACGCAAUCCACUAGCCUUGGUGAUGUUGUAUAUAAAGCCUUCAGUGGCACUAAGCCAAAAUCCUUUCAUUAAAAAGGUGGGGGGGGGGAGGGAAGGAAAAUAUUUGAGUUGGGAGCUAAAGAACCAUAAAUGCUGCUCACAUUGGAUUUUGUGUGUGUCUGCUUUUCAGGGAUCUGUCUAUAAAGUAUGUCACAUUCUGGUUUUGUUUUGAAAAAUACACUGCCCUUUUAAAUCUCCCUUCCCACUUGGAUGCAGAUAUGUCAUGCCAUCCUUCCCUAGGAGACCCUUUUCUAAAAUAAGAAGCAGCACUUUUACAAUUUCCAGAACAACCCCUCAGCAGUGUUUUUAGGUAGGACUUGAGUGAUACCAUUUCUUUGCACUUCAAGCAUGGCUUGGGUAGCGAGUGAUGCACCAAACUGAAUACAGCCCCUCCUGGUUUUGCAGUCUCAGGCAGGCAGCACAGACAGGAGGCAUUCUGAAACUUUGUCGACAGCUUCUGAGCUGUGCUUAGUAUAAGAGGGUUGAAUAUGGAGCCUUCCUGAUGUGUAAGGGCAGGCUUCAGGUUGACAAAUUCAGAAAAUUCAUUUAGAAUAAAAUAAGAAUUUUUUCUUCUUCUUUUUUGCAAUUUCCUCCCCCUAAAUGGUUGAUCUAUUUUUUAUUUUUUAAUGUGCCAUCCUCUGUCUAGAACAAAGAUGAAGGAAAACCAGAGGCCAUGGGAAAAGAAGGCAUGGGUUGAGGGAUGUAAAGAAACAGUAUUUAAUGGCAGAGUAUGGGGAAGGGCAGAGAUGCUCAGUUGCGGAACAUCUGUCCCGCAUGCCUAAAAUCCUAGGUUCAGUAAUUGCCAGGAGUGCCCUUGUCCGAAACUUUGGAAAGCUGCUUCUGUUCAUUGAAGAUUAGUCAGAUGGACCAAUGGUCUGAUUCCCAUGUUCCUCAAAUGGAUGCUGUAACAGUACAAUUCUGUACAUGUCUACUCAGAACAGGGGCGGCUCAUCCCAUUUCACCACUUUAGGCAAAACGGGGAGGUGCUGUGCCCGCUCCACUGCCCCUCUGCCCAAACCUCACUUACCGGGGUUGCAGGGCGGCAGCUUCCGGCAAAUCUCGCAAGAACUAGCCGACUUCUUGCGAGAUCGCAUGUAAGUUCCAUGAGAUCUUGCAAGGUCUUGCUGGAAGCUGCUGCUUCUCCUCCCUUCUCUAGUGACAGGGAUGGGCAGCUGCCUCAGUCUGCCUCAUGGCUGGGCCAGCCCUGACCCAGACGUCCCGUGGAGUUCAAUGGGGAUUACUGCCAGCUGCCUGGUUCUAGGACUGCAGCCUAAAUGAUUGGGCUGCAUGUCUGUCAAAAUCACUUUGCUCCCCUCUCUCGACGUGUGGCAUGCUUUAUAGAUGGCAAACUAUUCCUUGCAACCAAAUGACAGGAACUGUCGCUCAUUUUGGCUUCUAUGUACCCUUGUUCGUAGGGCAUAUUGCACUGAAGAAAGCAGCAAUGAAUGUCUUCCUUUGGCUACCCUGACUUCACUGAUAUGUAGUCCUUUGUCAAUGGGAAGGAACUGGGGAGUCAAGAUCUUAUAAAUAUAAACAAAAGAAACUCCCAUUAUCUAAUGCCUGGUUAUUUUAUGAUUGUUUAUCUGUCCCUGUUACCACCUAUCUUUUGUUUUUGUGACUGCUGUGCAAGGUCAGAUCAGAAACCUAUGCUUAGAUAAAGAAAUAUUCCCAUGGUUCAGCUGAGAUUUAUAUUGAAAGUCCAGCAGUUUACACAUUGGACCUCACUGGUUAUCAGUAAGGUUUCGCUAGCAGAAUUUGCUGCAUGUCCCUCUAUGUAAAUAAGGCUAGAUUAAGAUUGGGCAUACACUGGCAAUAGAAAUUUUCAUCAGGUUUGUUGACAAAUUACAAUAGCAGGUAGUGGUGUUCAGCACAAGAAAACAGGUAUUUAUGUUUAGCGCCUGAAUUCAUCUCUCAUAAUGUUUAAAGCAAUCACACGUUACAUUAAGAUGGGAUAUGUAUUAACUUCAGGUGCCUUUCUUGGUAAAACAAAAAUCUUCUCUUUGGUAAUGAUUCUUUAACAUGUUUUCUUGCAGCUCCAUCCUAAUGGAUUAUAGCAUGGUGAAUUCUUAAGUGACUGUUGGGAAUAGCUCAGUCCUCACUUUGGGGUUGUACUGUCUUAAUGUCAUUUGGGAAUGAGAUUGCCUGAAACAAUAUACAAUGUAAAUUUCAGAGUUUUAUGGAACCACGUGGAAGAGUAGGCCAGUUUUCAAGUAACAGCCAUGACUUUCUGAAUGCCUUGCUAUGUUUGGCCGAGGUGGCACUGCCAAACACAUGAGGCUGACCAUAGCUCAUCUACUCCAGCAAGUUCUAGGAGUGACUUACCAAGAAGGCCGGUGGGGUUCUUUCCAAACCCUCCUACCUGAGUUCCUUUGUGCUGGAGCUUGACAGCUGUGAUCUUAUGAACCUGUGGCUUUUUCCAUGCCAGGUAUAUUCUCUGCCUCUGAGGUCUGUACUAUUUAACAAUGGCACUUCCAAAUUAGCUCUUCAGUUGAAACAUGCAUUGGGUUUUACAUAGCUAACCACGUAGUCAUGCACAUUCAGUUGGUUGCAGCUUCUUCGUACUGUCUGAAGGGAAAUGCAGGCUGUGUCUGGUGACCUCUUCGGAUGUUACAAAGAAUGUGCAAAUGGCUACGAGUUCAACUGUGGUACUUUUACAGUGUACCGCAAGGUGACAUCCUGGCCUUAUGACUCAGGAGCAAGACUAGCUUGAACGUGCUCUUUGCAUAUCAGUGGCCGUCAUGCCUCUCAUUCCACUUGUAAGAAGCAUGUGGAAUCCUUAUUCCGCCCACAAUUUUUUGCUCCAGAGCUUUCCCUGCUCUUUAAAGCUCAAUCAGAGCAAACAGCAAUCCACAGAAGACACAAAUUGCUCCAAUUCAGCUUUAACUCUUUGUAUUGCUGCUAAUUUCCACCAGCCCAGUCUUUCGGUUUGUGAGCUUUCACUUUAUAUCACCGAUAAUGCAGGCAAACAUUGUGACAUUAAUAAUAAGUUUAAAAAGAUUAAGAGCACCUCCAGCAUCCAGUCACAUGGCGUCUCUUUGAUUAUUUGCAUAUACUAACAAACCAUAGACAUGAGGAGGAAAUUAAAACCAUGAUAGUUCCCAAAGAAAACUCACACAAAACCACAGAAAUAUUUAUUUGCCGUUGCAAUAUUUUUUUUGUACAGUUUGAAGGUUUUCUCAGUGAUUGUAACAUGAAUUCCUGAACAGAUAACCAAUAUAGUUUUUAAUGUGGAAUAAACCAUUUCUUCAAAAUCAGCCUGCUAUGGAAGGGCUUUGCUAAGCGACCCAGGAAGUAAAAUAAGACUGCUUCAAUAUUGCAAAGUUAUACCUCAGCACAUUAAAAGAAGCAGCUAUGCAAUACCACAGACUGCCCCUUCUAACCACCAGCUGGUCUUGUUAAUGGACAAAUAUUAAUAUUGACAAAUUAAAUUGGUAUAUUAAAGAAUGGCCUUCAGUUGCACUAUUAUAUGUAAGAAUUAGAUCAAAUUUUAUCCUGGUGGGAUCCUACUGAUUUGAUUGUUUAUGUGCCAGGAGAGGAUUUGGUUCCACAUGUCUGCUUAUUUUCACAAGCUGAGAGGCAUGUUGAAAUAUUAUUAAUAUUAUUAGCCAGAAUAUCAUAAAAAGUAGCAAUCAAGUACAGAAAUGUUUGCAUUCUAUUAUCUGCACUUUCUCUUCAAAUCUUCAGAAUUUGUCCCCAAAGGCCAAAACAAGGUCUCUGCAAAAGCAACAGCAACAAUUAAUUAAAACAUAGACAACGUGCUGCCCUUCUGUGGCACCCAAAAUUAGCUCCUUGAGCUGCCCACCUCACAUUGCCUAAUGUCAAUUGCCAGGGAUGGAUAGUCCAAAAUAUCCACAGGGCACCAGGUUAUUUCAGCACCCCUCCCUCAAAAACUAGAAUUUGGCUGGAUUAUUGAUUAUAUCUAA